AUGUCUACCGUGCGCACAUUACGGUCGAUCACAAACCUGCUUGACUGGGGUAAACAUUCUCGACCUCAACAGCGAGAUGCACAUGCGACCACACCGGACUCUAGCGACCAGUCAACAGCAACAUUCAAGCGUCACCGACUGACGAAAGCUCCACACCUGCACCGCUCUCAUUCGAAUCUUGUCGACGCAUCUGCCAGUGCCCAAGGUACAUUUACUCCGCAGCAUCACCAAUCGGAGCAUCCAUUGACAGAGUUUCGGCGGCGACUGGCGAGGAAGGCUUCGACAUUUAGCUUGAGAACGAGACGUCGCCGGGGUGAACGCGACCAGCUCGAAGCAGCAAAGGAAGAGGAGAAGCUUCGGGGGCUGGUAUUGUUGGGAAGCGACAAGGGUGCCGUCCAGCCGGCCCAAGAGCGAAGCCCCAACAACUGUCAGGCCGACGAGUCACACCGGGAGCGAGCAAAGGCGGUCGAGACCCAAGAAGGGGAAGCCCACGAGCGACCAUCUACGAGAAAUUCUUCGCUGACAACUGUGCGUGUGUGGGACCCUACCGAGAGCCCCUCUGUCAAGCAACUUCCUCCUUUACCAACCACCGCGGACUCUGCUGAAAACACCCUUCGGCUACAGGAAGUCAUACACCAAACCCAAGAGACAUUCGCCAUUAAAGAAGUCGCUGGUGGAAAGACUUGUGUCAAAGAGAUGGCGUCGGAACAACCGCAACCUCCUGUCCCCUACACCCGGCUCAAGGAGAUCACUGAGCAUGCCUGUGAAAGUGCGCUCUCGGGCGUAACGUCCUACAUCCACUCCGACACUGAAAAGUGGAACACCACCAUCAUCAGCAGCAUUCUAGGCGCCCUCGUGCAGGGAACCACGCAAAGCCCAGCUGCCGGCUCAUCAGCCCCCGCCCAACCACAAUUCAAAUACGUCGUCAACAGCACCAUCAUCCAACACGCGGCUUCUUCAUCCUCAUCUUCCGGUGACGAUCCGAGGAAAACCAGUGGCCGCAGAGGUAUGCACGCUGCGAGUGGGGCUUAUUGGAACAACGAGAAGGAUGGCAUGUGGAGCUUCAAGUAUCCCGGUGCGGACAGCAAGGGGUUGGACGUGGUUGUUGGGAUCAUCUGGGUCUGGGUUGGUUGA